AUGAAGAGAUUUUACCAGGUUAUUCAAACUCCUUCAAGUUCUGGUUUAAGCUCUCCUGUGCCAAAUUCUUCUUCGUGUCCAAUUGUGCAUGACAAAUAUAACGUGUUGGAUUUGGAUCUUCCUAAACCUGAUCCUGGUGAAAGAAAGCAAAUCUCACAAUAUUCUUAUAAUGAACGUGACCGAAUAAGGAGACAUUAUAUUCAAAAAGGACCAUUCCAACCUCGUGAUCAUACAUUCCCAAAGAAAGAAUUUGGUGGACUAAUGCGUCAAUUUAAUCCUGACUGGUUUCAUACUUCAUAUUCUGAAUGGCAUGAUGAAGUGAACAAAGUUUUACUAGAAAAUGCUCCACAAAAUAACAUGAUGAUUUCUCCAAGUAUCCAAAAGGAGAUCGUGAAUGCUUGUGCAAAAGAAAUAAUGAAAGCAAUUGUUAAAGAUGUAAAUGGAGAUUACUUUGGCAUAUUGGUUGAUGAAUCUAAGGAUGUUUCUCAUAAGGAACAAAUGGCUCUUUUGCAAUUGACUCUUGUAGCUGUUGCAAAGAAGCACUAUGAUGUAGAUCAAUUUUUUGAUAUUGUUGCUAAUGUCUUGAAUAUUGUUGGAGGUUCUUUUAAGCGCAUGGAGAUUCUUCGAGAAGAUCAAGAAAAAAAACUAGAGGAAUUACUAGUGCUUGGUGAAGUUCGUACGGGAAGUGGACUAAAUCAAGAACUUGGGCUUCAAAGGCUAGGUGACACCCAUUGGGGAUCUCACUUUAAAACAGUGCGUAAUUUUUUUGCAUUAUGCUCAUUAAUUGUUCAUGUGCUUGAAGUAAUUGGAAGUGAGGAUACAACUUAUCUAGAGAGAUCCAUGGCAAAAAGUCUAGUGAAUGAUAUAAGAUCUUUUGAGUUUGUGCAUAUGUUGCAAUUGAUGUUGAAAGUCUUGGAAAUUACAAAUGAUUUGAAUAUGACUUUGCAAAGAAAAGAUCAAGAUAUUGUGAAUGCUAUGAAGCUCGUUGGUUUUGCCAAGAGGCAACUACAAUCGAUGAGAGAGUUUAAAUGGGAAUCUUUGAUUGAAGAUGUCUCUUCAUACUGUGUGAAGCAUGAUAUUAUAAUUCCUGAAAUGGAUAAGAACUAUCAUAUUGGAGAGUCAAAGCGCAAGAGUUCAAGUGUCAUAUAUUCUCAUCAUUUGCAUGUAGAAGUCUUUAAUGUUGUUAUUGAUUUGCAACUCGCGAAGCUUAAUAGUCGUUUUGAUGCAGUGAAUAGUGAUUUGCCUCUAGGUAUGGCUAGUUUGAGUCUGGAUAAUUCUUUUGCAAAUUAUGAUAAAGACAAAAUUAUGAAACUUGUUACACUUUAUCGUGAUGAUUUUAGUGUUUCCAAGCUUGACGAUCUCAGUUACAAGCUUGACAACUAUAUUCUCUUUAUGAGAGAAGAUAGUGAUUUUUCUAACCUGAAAGGACUCUGA